GGUAAGCGUGAUGAACAACCAUCCAAAGGCAACAAAAAGACCGUAUCUGGUGAUAAAGGUAUAAAUAUAGUAGCUAUUUAAAGGUUCAUUUAAUCGACCUUAAAGUUUUGUGUUGAUUUCAUCUUCCUUUUAACCGCUUUGAUGUCACAAGCAGACUUUUUCUUGACAAGACCCCUUUAAUAGGAUCACACAUCUACGCUGCAUAGUGAUUCUGGGUUUGCCACUUACGGGUUUACGUGAUAUAGUAAAAGGAAAAGUGAGCUCAAUCUUUUCCCAAGAAGUAAUUUACUGAAGUAAUCGAUUACAUUACUUAAAGCUCCAGUAGCUGUCAUAGGUUGGCGAAACCUCACGACAUGUCUGGAAUCAAGGAGCUUAAAAUAAUGGCCAUAUCAGAACGUGGCAGUUCUAUUUAUUGAUGUGAUGAUAAGUUAGGAAUAUGAAAUCCAUCUUUUUGUAACUCUGUAAAAUAAAUGUGUCCUAUCAUUUAUUACAGCUUUAAUAAGAGAUGGUACACCUGAACCAGAGGACUUAGAACGCUUGUCAAAAAAGAUGGGAACAUCCUGGGAAUCUGUUGCACGGCGCCUUGAGUUUGAGCAGGAAGAAAUUAAUGAAUUUGACCAUGAGUAUAAAGGAUUCGCGAAGAAAGCCUAUCAAAUGCUCUGUAGGUGGAAAAAAAGGGAUGGUAUAAAAGCAACUUACGAAGCCCUGUAUAAUGCCUUGACUCAUGACCUUGUACAGCGUAGGGAUUUAGCAGAGGCGUUUUGCCUAUUAACCGUGGAAUAG